AUGGGGGACAGCAUAGGGGUAGGAAAAACGCUAGGCUACGAGGAAGAGACCGCAACCCUAGGCCCCCGCAUCGAAAAGGGAGAUGAAUCUUACUGGCUAGCGAGCUACCAUCCGUUCGUCGAGGUCCCAAAGGUUGCCGGGCCCGACAUCGAGCACCCGUCGCCCGCCGAUCGUCGAACUUGCCGCAGUCUGCAUCCCGACCUUGUGGAGCUCACUGGUGACGCUGAUAACGGUGCCAGAUUUUCUCUCGGGAAGCUAGUCAAGGCGUCGGGGAUCGAUCUUAAGACCACGCGCAUCACGCGCGACCCGUUUUGGACGGAGAAAGAAGAAGCGCCGCCAGAGAUUGUUAUGGACUGGUGCCUAAUCUCCUCGACCGGCAGCGGCGCCAAUUAUCUCCGCGCUACUUCUACGGGUGACGGGCCCCAAAUUAGACGCCGUCCGGUUGUGUCGGUUGCACACAUCAAGCCCGGAGCGGUGGUGGUUGCCUCGGGACGCACGUCCGGGCUGCAGCGGGGACGAAUCGGGGAGUGGCCGAUGCAUAUCGACCACGGCGAUGGCACUGCCCCCACAAAGGAGUGGUUUAUCGAGCAAGUCGACCAGGACGAGGAUGACAACGAAUGGAUCAUGGGCGGGAUCGGCGUGCAGGGCGAUAGCGGCGCCGCCAUCGUCGAUGCCGAAACCUCUGUUUUGUACGGCCAGCUCUGGGGCGGAACAAAAACCAUGGCCCCGGACCCCGUCUCGCGUAUUUCACCCUAUCCAUGA